UGGAGGAAGCGGAAACUCCGCUCACCCGGGCGGCGCUGUGUAUUGCAUCGCGCGUUCCGGUUUGUGGACAUGCGCAGUGCGCACCUUGAAACCAGACGUUGUUUUGAACGCGAGUCGGUCCACAUGUCUGGAUAUAUCGACUGUCACUGUCAUAUCUCUGCUGAGGAUUUUGACACGGAUAUAGACGAAGUGAUUGAGAACUCAAAAAAGGCUGGACUGUUGGCCCUCUUAGCUGUGGCCGAGCAUGCUGGGGGAUUUGAAAAGAUCAUACAGUUGUCACAGAGGUUCCCAGGUUUUAUUUUUCCUUGUUUAGGAGUCCACCCGGUUCAGGGGAUACCCCCAGGAGAGCAAAGGGGAGCCUCUUUACAGGAUCUAGAUGAAGCUUUGCCCAUUAUAGAGAAGUAUAAAGACCACCUUGUUGCUGUUGGGGAGGUGGGUUUGGAUUUCACCCCCAGAUAUGUGAGCAGUGAUGCUGAUAAAGAGCACCAGAGGCAGGUGCUCAUUCGCCAAGCAGAGUUAGCCAAACACAUGGAUCUUCCACUAAAUGUUCACUCAAGAUCAGCAGGAAGACCCACCAUCCACCUCCUGAAGGAGCAAGGCGCUGACAAAGUCCUGCUUCACGCUUUCGACGGGAAACCCUCAGUUGCCAUGGAAGGUGUGAAGGCCGGCUAUUUCUUCUCUAUCCCGCCCUCCAUCAUAAGAAGUGAACAGAAGCAGAAACUUGUGAAACAGCUGCCACUGGAAAACAUCUGUCUGGAAACUGACUCGCCUGCCCUCGGCCCGGAAAAACAGGUCAGAAAUGAGCCUAAAAACAUCUCCAUCUCAGCCGAGUACAUCAGCCGGGUGAAAGGUGUGCCGCUGGAGAAGGUGGUCGAGGUGACGACCCAGAAUGCACUGCGUCUCUUCCCCAAGCUGAAGUCGGUCAUCAGACUCUGAUUCAGAGGGUCGUCCAAUAUCAUUCAUUUUCUUCUUAAGCGGAGAAUUAUCGUCAAGUGUAAAUACAAGUUUCUUUGAUCACAUGUUCACAGAUGUCUUCAUCCAGUUGUAGUUGGUAAAGGUACAUCAAUGUGUCUAACCUACAAAAAUAAGGAUGAGUGAUGUGUAAUUUCUCUGUUAGAAGUCAACACAGGCCUGAGUUGGAAAAGAUGACGUGCUUAUUAAAAUCUUCUUG